AUGGUGGUGCUGAGUCGCGUUGGGUCGCCGACGAUGUCCGCGACUGUUGCCGGCAACCAGCAACAGCAGCACCCCCAUCAAGAAUGGGACAUCAACGACUCGAAUGUGCCAAGGGUGGUAGAGUACGAUCCCUGGUGCGAAUGGGCGGACGGCCACGUGAGAAGAGUGUACGGGCCAGAUUGCGAAGAAGCAAGAAGACACGCGUCUGGAUGGGCAAUGAGGAACACGAAUAAUCACAAUGUGAGCAUCCUGAAGAAGUCUUGCUUGGGCGUGUUAGUAUGCUCGCAGGAGUGCAUACUACCUGGAGGAGGGAGGGUCCACCUUCGACCAGCGAUUUGUGACAAGGCGAGGAAAAAGCAACAAGGAAAGCCAUGUCCGAACAGACAAUGCACGGGUCGACUAGAGAUACUCUCGUGCCGUGGCCAUUGCGGUUACCCCGUGACGCAUUUCUGGCGACACACCGAGCACGCGAUAUUCUUCCAAGCGAAAGGACAACACGACCAUCCGCGCCCGGAAGCCAAAUCCACGUCCGAGGCAAGGAGGAGCGUGGGUGCUGGGAGAAGAGUGCGUGGACUCGCGGUCCUCCUCGCGAGCGAGGCUGCUUUGGGCACCAAAUUAAUGUCACUACGAGGUACGAAACGACCGAACUCUGAAGCAAUAGAACAACCGCCAAGGACGACGCAACCGCCGCCACUGAUUCCCGAUAAAGGAUAUUCGUGUUCCUGCCCACCAUUCGAGUGCAUGUGCGGCCUGCAGGCCAACGUGCCAGCUUAUCAACAGUCUCAUCACCAUCAAACUACUAUGUACCCCCAACAGACCACGAGUGACACCUCCUACUGGCUGCAAGACACCGUGGCACCACAAGAGAACAACCUAGGUUACAAUCUUCCGAAUCAAGUGCCCCAAGAAGCCUCUUACCCUGACUUCCCUCCUUUCACCGGAGAAUUACUCCAACCAGAAGAGAUCUUCCAGCUGGAUCAACCUCUGAGACCAGAAUUCCCCAUGAAUUCUCAAGAGGUAGCCAGAUCACCGCCUACUCUUCUCGACCUUGGAAGUGGCACCAUUAAAUACGAGAUGAAACAACACCAAGAUCAAGCUUAUUGGAACCAAUUCCUCAGCGAGGACUCUAGUAGCAGCCAUUUAAGCAUGCCUCAAGACGACAGGCUUCAAUUUCCUGGUUUCGAGACGGACAAAGAUUCCAAUGGUUUCUGUGCUAAGAGACCGGUGAACCAUUACGUUCCUGACAAAGAAGUCACCCAGAAUCAUCAUCUGAAUAAUCCUCUGAACUUCCUAGAUUAUCAGAGAAAUCAGAACCACAAGAACUUCGCGGAUGGAACGGUGAAGAACGAUCAAGAGGCUAACUAUUGGACACAGAAUCAUCAGGACGAUCGUCUAACUUUCCCCGGAUUCGAUCCUCAGAAAGAGGAGGAUUUAUUAGCUUCCAGAAGGGACGUGAAUUGUUUUCCCAAAGAGAAUUGCCAGCCAGAGGGAUUAAUGGACAGAGGGAACUACAACAUGUAUCCGAAAAAGGAGAAUGGAAUGGGUGAUCCUGUUCGUCCUAGUCGCAGUCCGAUAGAGAACAAGCAAUAUUCUUACGACGGUUACAGUCAGAUGUUCGAACACUCCGACACGAAGAACCAUUUAAUCAAUCGUCCCCAUCAGAACACCAAUCGAAUGGUUCUAGACGAGAGACUCCAGAAUAAUUAUGCUAGCCACGAAACGAAUCCGGACACGACGGAAAGACUGUUCCCAGAUUCGAACGGCAUGGAGACGACGAUGCAGUCGCAGAAUAGUCCUGAACCUUUCUUCUAUCCUAGCAACGAUCGUUGCCAUUAUACAUGCGAGGUGUUAGACACGCGGCUACCUCAAAUCACGAUGAACAACGGAGUGAAUCAGACUGGAAUGGACAAUUACGGGGACGUGGGUGAAUUGGAUCUUCCUCCUUUCGUCGAUUACACAUUCGUCGGGAUGUUGUGCCCUCCCGAAGAAGACACGUCGAGUUUGCUACCACCUGGUUGUCCUCAGAAUACGCACAGUUAUGUUCCACAUCAUUAG